AUGGAUCGAGUCAGAAGCCUCGUGAACAGAUCAAACCAUUCUUCUUCAAGCCGCUCGCGCAAUAAUCACAAUCAACAAACCCAAACAGGUUCUCAUGAAGGUUUGAAUUUCACCGACACAGACCAGAAUACAGUUUUCGGCGACGACGCUGCGACCCUUCACACCACAGUAUCGGAAACAAGUACACUUGGUGACCUAAGACGUAACGGAUAUAUAAACAGAUGCCCAAACUUUACCUGGGAGCGAAAUAUGCCGUUUGUCACCACGGUAUUGGGGAAAGGCGUAUUUUGUUUCCCAAGCGAGGAGUCCUUCUCCAGAUUCCGUGCCAAUAAGCGUAGAUUGGACGUACUUGAUAAUGAUGAGGGACUUGGUAUACCGUUACUACAUGCUAUUUCCAUGGGGAUGCUGCGGUCAAUCCUUAACAAACAUUUGCCCAUUAUGAAGUUUUACCGGUAUGUACUCACCAAAGAAGGCGAGCCUGCUCCCAUGCCCUUAAAAGAAGGGAGCUGCGAGUUGAUAAGCCGCAACGAAUCGCGAGUUCUUUAUAAGAUCGAACUUUGCGAGGUUUACAAACGUGUCAACAGUAAAACCGGCCAUGUUACCCAUAAGUUUGUUUUCCGUCAGGGAGACGGUCCCAACACCAUCUUUUCAGCAAUCAUGGCUAAUCAUGUUUUCCGGCGAGACACGGAUGCUCGUGUGGGUGACCUGAAUCUACGCUGGCACGGAACUACAGGUCUUGCUUCACCCUUCGGCUCGGGAAAUUUCAAACUAUUGGUGUUAGAUGACGGUAUGCCAUCGCUGCUCGAUCAGCAUACUGAUGAAAGCUACGACGAUGCUCGCAGGCGUGCGCAACCCUUGCGAUUGGUCCAACAACUACCCGUUUGGGCAACUUAUUCAGACGAAACAGCAACAAUAAUUCCUAGUAAAAGAACUCUUAGACAGGCCAACUUCCUCAUUGGCGAAACUUCAGAGCAGUCUUUAGGUCUCAAUAAUGUACCUUGGGACACUGUGGUCUUAACGUGCAUGUGUAUGACGCUUCAUGAUUUUGAAUCACGCAAAGACAAAAGAACCGCUAACGGGCGGGGAAUCGGCAUCGGCAGUUUUGCUCCUUCGAUUGCGGGGAUGCCCAUUAAUUAA